CACUUGGAUAGCGUCACGCCGAUCUUCGGCUUCGGAGUCUCCUUGGCAUCAUCAUCGUCGAUUACGAUGGGUGUCUGAGUCUUCUGAUUCUCCGAGUCUGAAUCGACGCUGAUUGGUUCACCCACGUCGUCAUCUGAGUCCCAGCGCGACGUCGCCUGAUUCUGCGGUGUCUUGGUUUCCUUCACGCGCGUCGGUUGCACAACGGAUGGCGCCGGACGGUGUGCGCGCGGAUCUGAUGGGUCCAUCACAUGCAGUAUCUCCUCGUCACUAUCUGAUGACUCGCUCACGUCGCUGAAGGCGUCCAGCACGCCUGCGUUCUCGCCCCGCAUCUUGCCUUAUUGCGCUACGUCUCGACUGCCAAUGGUUGACACAAAAGCGGCCCAAACGGUGUCAAUCAAUUUCAUUGGUUAAAAUGAUCAAAGUCACAAAGGAUGAUUGGCAAAAUAUCACAUCUCUAUAAUACACCUUGACCAAGUUCCUCUAGAAGAGCAGCGAGAGGCAACCAUCACUCCUGGCCCAAUUCCGCAUCCAUCUGCAGUCAUGGCGUCGAUCGAUGAGCCGCUGGACCUGAUCAAGCUGAGCGUGGCCGAGCGCAUCUACGUCAAGUGCCGUGGGGACCGCGAGUUGCGCGGCGUGCUACAGGCGUACGACCAGCAUUUGAACAUGGUGCUGAGCGACGUGGAGGAGACCAUCACGGUACAGGAGCUGGACCCGGAGACGUACGAGGAGCUUAUCAAGCAGUCCAAGCGCACCAUCGAGAUGCUUUUCGUCAGAGGAGACGUCGUGAUCCUCGUGGCGCCUCCGCUGCGCACCACCUAAGCGCUAUACAGUCAUCAGACCUCUUAAAGCUGCUACAGUAUCCACCUGUUCUAUUCCUUCUGAUCUCGCUUUCUUCAUAUCGAGAGUGUAAGCCCAUUAUCCUCCCUCUUUUGACAACGUGUAUUGAUACAGGUUAAGCUACUCAACAUGGAGACUCCAUUGAGUUUGUAGGCGUCGCUCGAAGUCUUGGAUGGAGAUCUCGACGUCGUCGGUGUCGUCUGUGUAGGGAACUCUGGUACGAUGUCGCUGGGAGUGGCAGGUGCUGGUCGACCUGGAACUGCAACUACUGCUGGGACGCUUGCUCGAAGCUGACUCUGUGCGUGUGGAGGAGCUAAUGCUCUUGAUAGGUAUUUGUUUACCUGGACUACUAGACAGCCACGCUUGCUGCCUUCUUGGUGGAGACUUGUCGCGCUUGUCGAAGACCCACUUGUUCUCAGCUCGAAGCGCGGCUUCUCGAGCUUUGGCUUUUAGUAAGUUAUUUCUUCGAUCAGCAUCGACUUGUUCGCGAAGUUUCCUCCGUACGUUGAUGUCGUAGACAUAGUCAACAGGCUUUGUCUGUAACUUUGCUGGCUUGCUAGAUGUCUUGUGCCCUCGCUUCUUGGAUUGAAGUGGUGGCUGCUGAUCACAUACAAACUGAUCAUCGACAGGGUAUGUUUUCGCUGACGAGGAUGGAGUUAGGCCUGUUGCUCGUUUACGGUAAAAUUGAGAGGGCUUGCUAGUCGAUUUAUGACGUGUUCUUGUCUUAGAAGCAGCGAUGUCUGGUGCAACAAAGUCGCUCGGGAUCUCGACGACGUUACCGAACGCUGUACGACAUGUAUCUUUCUCGUCACUUGGCGUGUAGAG